CUAUGGACCAUAUGACAGUGAAAUUUCUUCUGCUCUCACUGGCGUAUGUCAGCGGUCAAUAUCAGUACAAAUGCCCCGCGAUAGGUCACCACCUAUUACCCCAUGAAACGGAUUGCUCCAAGUUCUAUUACUGCGAGUAUGGCGUAAGGCGUAACGAUGCGAGACAAUGUCCGCCAGGAACUCUGUUCUCUUAUAAGAUACAGGUUUGCGAUCACGCGCAUAACGUAAAAUGCAGCACUGGUUCCACUUCUCCAACUACAGAAGAACCAGCUUGCGAUUGCUCCAAUCAACAAAUACUGCCCAAUGGAUGUCCUUGUGACCACAGCAUUCACUUACUUUUGCGACACGAAUCUGAUUGCGGGAAAUACUAUCAAUGUGACCAAGGCAAGAGAGUCUUAAGAGAAUGUACCUCUGGGACUCACUUUAAUGCCAAAUCACAGGUUUGCGAGCAUCCUUCGAAAGCUGGCUGCGACCCUUCUUGUACUACUACUACCACUACAACUACUGAGAAACCAGCUUGCGAUUGUUCCAGUCAACCAAUAUUGCCUAAUGGAUGUCCUUGUGACCACAACAUUCACCUGCUAUUGCGUCAUGAAUCUGACUGUGAGAAAUUCUACCAAUGUGAUAAAGGCGAGAGAGUCUUAAAACAGUGUGCUCCUGGGACUCACUUUAAUGCCAAAUUGCAGGUAUGCGAUCAUCCCUCCAAAGCUGGCUGCGAUCCUUCUUGUGCUACCACUACUACUACUACUACUACCACUACAACUACAGAGAAACCAGCUUGCGAUUGCUCCAGUCAACCAAUAUUACCUAAUGGAUGUCCUUGUGACCACAACAUUCACCUGCUAUUGCGUCAUGAAUCUGACUGUGAGAAAUUCUACCAAUGUGAUAAAGGAGAGCGAGUCUUAAGACAGUGUGCUCCUGGGACUCACUUUAAUGCCAAAUUGCAGGUAUGCGAUCAUCCCUCCAAAGCCGGCUGCGACCCUUCUUGUGCUACCACAACUACCACUACCACUACCACUACAACUACUGAGAAACCAGCUUGCGAUUGCUCCAGUCAACCAAUAUUGCCUAAUGGAUGUCCUUGUGAUCCUAGCGUUCGGAUGCUGUUACCUCAUGAAUCUGACUGUGCUAGAUUCUAUCAGUGUGAUCAAGGAGAGAGAAUCUUAAAAGAAUGUGCAUAUGGGAAUCAUUUCAAUGCUAAAUCGCAGAUUUGCGAACACCCCUCAAAGGCAGGUUGUGACCCGUGCAUAGUUUCUAACAAAUGUGAAGAAUGUCAUGUUCCACACUGGGCCCACGAGACUGAAUGUGACAAAUUCUACAGUUGUUCCAAUGGCAAGGAGGUGCUACACACGUGUCCCGCCGGUCUCAAUUUCAACGAGGCUCUGCAGACGUGCGAUUUUACUUGCAAUGUCAGUUGUAGGAAUCGAUCUAGGCUAUUUUUCUUAGACUUUACACGUAAACGGCGGUAAUAUGUAUUUCCCGGUACGUUUUCGUUACUGUACUUUCCAUAUUAAUUUUUUUUUUUAAUUUUUAAUUCCUAUCAAAACAUAGAUUUUAAGAUACAGGCUUUAGGUAACUGCUGCAAGUUAAAAGGUUUUUCACAGGCGUCAUGCUAACUCUGAAUAACCUACGUCUCAACUAUCUCUUUAAUGAUAUGACCAAGAGGUGAAUGUAGGCCCGGCUCCACUCCGGCUGGACUAUGGACUUUUUAUGAGCGCAUUUA